AUGCCUAUAAAAAAUAAAUACGGAACACUAAAGAUAGGAAUAGAAUGUGAUUAUAAUGAAAUAGAAAAUUCUGAUAUAAAUGAAUUAAAUCCUGAUUUUGUGGUUAGUAAAUUAUUUAAAGAGAAUCAAAUAAAUAAUAAAUUUAAUAAUAAUGAUUUGUUUUUAUCCAAAAAUUCUUUAAAUAAGUAUAAAGUGAUUCCUUUAUUUGGAAAUAAAUUUGAAGAUAAGGACAUAUGGAAAAAAAAUAUUUAUGGAUUAAUAUCAGAAUGGAUUGAUACAGAUAGCAGAAAUGUAGAAUAUAGUAAUUAUUGUACAGAUGCCUUAAAUAAGGAACUGCAAUGGUCUAGUUAUAUAUCUAUAUCUAAUUUAAUCAUUAAUAUGCCACAUAAAAUAUGUGAUAAUUAUGCAAGAUGUAUUAACUCAUAUAUUCACAGUUACAACGGGGUAUCAAUAAUAGUAAAAAUACCUAUAGCAAAAAAGAAUUAUGAUACUAAUAAUAAUAAUUCUUAUGAAAUAUUAAAUGGAUGGAAUUUAUGGGCAAAAUUUAUUUCCUACUGUAAUUUUAACUUGUCUAAUUUGAGCGUAGGUAUAGAAUUAGUUAAUUUAAAAAAUAUUGAAAUAAAUAGUCUAAAUUUAGAUAUAUGGAAAUCAGAAUCAGUUAAAUUAAUAAUUAUUCCACUAGAUGCAUUUAUAAGUGACUCAAAAAAUGGAUAUCCACAUUUACCAAAAAAAUUAAAAGACUUGUUAAUAUUUUUUUUUAGAAAAAAUAUGGAUAUUUUAUUGAUUGAUAAAAAAAAUAGAGAUUUUGAUAAUAUAGAGAAAAAAGAAGUAUGUGCUAUUAAUACAAAAUUUAACUCAAAUUUCAAUUUUUUGAAAUGCUGCAUUUAUUAUUUAAAAAGAUUGUUUUUAUCUAUUGAAAAUUUUGAUAAAGACCAUUUGUUUGAUAGCACUUAUUGGGAUUAUUUACAAAUACCUUUGCAGCCCUUAAAAGACAAUUUGCCAUCACAAACUUAUGAAAUAUUUGAGAAAGAUAAGACAAAAUAUGAGCAGUAUGAAGUAGCCAUAAGCAAGUAUUUAUCGGAUGAAUUAAAGAAAAAUAAUAAUAAUAAUAAAGGUAGCAAUAAAAAGUUCAUCAUCUUUGUGGUAGGAGCAGGUAGAGGACCCCUUGUAGAUUCUGCUUUGUUAGCCCUUGAAAAAAAUAAAAUAACUAAUUUCCAGAUUUAUGCAAUAGAAAAAAAUUAUAGUGCUUUUUUAGUGUUAGAAAAUCGCUCUUUAAAUGAUAAAUGGAAAAAUGUUAAGGUUAUUCAUAGUGAUAUGAGAUAUUUAAAUAUAAACGAGAAAGCUGAUCUAAUUGUUAGUGAAUUAUUGGGAUCUUUUGGUGACAAUGAAUUAUUUCCUGAAUGCUUAGAUGGCGUACAAAAAUAUCUAAAAGAUGACGGGAUAAGUAUACCAAAAAAUUGUUUAUCAUACAUUGAACCUAUUUCUUGUUCUCAUUUAUAUCAUAAAAUAACUCAGAACAGUUUUACAGGGAAUAAUGAAAUUUUUUAUGUUGUAAAUCUAUAUUCAUAUUGUAAAAUUUCAGAAGGAUCAAAAGAAUGUUUCUAUUUUGAAGUACCUACUAUUAAUAUUAAAGAAGACAACACUCACAAUAAUCGUUAUAAAAAUAUUAAUUUUAAAAUAAAAAUGGAUUCAUACUUGCAUGGAUUUUUAUGCUAUUUUAAAAGUCAAUUAUAUGAUGACAUUUAUAUAUCAAUUGAGCCAGAUUCUCAUACUAUAAAUUUGCAUAGCUGGUAUCCACUUUUUAUUCCCUUAAAUAAAAUUAUAUUUUUAAAAAAAAAUCAAAACUUAUCUUUAAGUAUUUGGAGAUUAACUGAUAAUCACAAAAUCUGGUAUGAAUGGUGUAUUAAUGAACCUACUACUACACAUAUUCAUAAUUUCAAUGCCCGAUAUUUUUCUAUAGGAAGAUAA